UUUUCAAUUUCAGUACUCUUCUAGUUCCUCUCCUAGUUGACUAGUUUCUUCAUCCAUGUGAUGGGUAGCCUCAAAUUCGAGCAUCCACAAGAAAACAAUUCUGCCCACAUGACCUCUGGCCCUCUAGACCCUGAGGAAUUCAGAAGGCAAGGCCACAUGGUCAUAGACUUCAUUGCAGAUUAUUACAAAACAAUUGAAAAAUACCCAGUUCUUAGCCAAGUCCAACCGGGCUAUCUCAAAAAACGCUUGCCAGAAUCUGCCCCAUACGACCCUGAACCCAUUGAAACCAUCCUCCAAGAUGUUCAAGAUCACAUUGUCCCUGGCCUAACACAUUGGCAAAGCCCUAACCACUUUGCCUACUUCCCUGCUGCUUUCAGCACCGCAGCGUUCCUUGGCGAAAUGCUCUCCACUGGUUUCAAUGUUGUGGGGUUCAAUUGGAUGGCAUCCCCAGCUGCAACUGAGCUUGAAACCAUUGUCAUGGAUUGGCUUGGAGAUAUGCUCAAACUUCCCAAGUCUUUCCUUUUCUCUGGCAACGGCGGCGGUGUAUUGCAAGGCACUACUUGUGAGGCCAUUGUUUGUACCAUGGCAGCUGCCAGGGAUCAAAUGCUAAGCCAAAUUGGUAGAGAGAAUAUUGGGAAGCUAGUUGUGUAUGGAUCAGACCAAACACAUAGCGCGCUUCAAAAAGCUUCUCAAAUUGUUGGUAUUCACCCAAAGAAUUUCAGGGCCAUAGAGACCACAACAUCAACAUCAUUUGCACUAUCACCUGAGGUGCUAAAAUCGACUAUUUGUUCAGACAUAGAAGCUGGGCUUGUCCCAUUGUUUCUAUGUGCCACAGUGGGAACAACCGCAAUAACAGCCGUUGAUCCAUUGGGGCCACUCUGUGAGGUGGCAAAAGAACAUGACAUGUGGGUUCAUGUGGACGCUGCAUAUGCUGGAAGUGCUUGCAUUUGUCCAGAGUUUCAAUACUUUGUCGAUGGCGUUGAGGGUGCAGAUUCAUUCAGUCUCAAUGCACAUAAAUGGUUCUUCACAACCCUCGACUGUUGUUGCCUCUGGGUUAAGAAUUCGAGUGCUUUGGUGAGCUCACUUUCGACGAAUCCGGAGUUUCUGAGGAACAAGGCCACGGAUUCGAAGCAAGUGGUAGACUACAAGGACUGGCAAAUAGCCUUGAGCAGGAGGUUCAGGGCCAUGAAAUUAUGGCUUGUGCUUAGAAGCUAUGGUGUGGGCAACCUUAGGAACUUUCUUAGGAGCCAUGUGAAAAUGGCCAAGAUUUUUGAAGGGCUUGUGGGGAUGGACAAAAGGUUUGAGAUUGUGGCCCCUAGGCAUUUCUCUUUGGUCUGUUUUAGGGUUUCUCCAUCAGCAAUUAGCAAGGCUAAUCCAAGCCUAAGUGAUCAUGAUAAUGGUAAGCUUAAGGCACAUAAUUAUGAGUUGUUAAAUGGUGUAAAAUGUGUAGUUAACGAGGUGAAUAGCAAGUUGCUGGAGGCGAUUAACGGGUCGGGUCUGGUGUACAUGAGCCAUGCUGUGGUUGGAGGGAUGUAUGUGUUACGUUGCGCCAUUGGAGCAAGUCUCACUGAGGAAAAGCACGUAGCCAUGGCUUGGAAGGUGGUGCAAGAGCAUGCAGAUGCCAUCCUUGGAACUAAGAUUAUUGUGGAUCAAACUUAGAUAUAAUUUGUCUAGUUUUUAUUAAUUGUUUAUAUAUCAGUGCAAUUGUCAUUUGUGGUUUUUGUUUUCCGAAAUAGAUUGUCCUGGUGUUAUAUGUAUUAAAUAUCAUUAUCUAUAGAAGUAUCUGAAUUCUUUGUUUUCUGAAA